AUUUAACCACAAAUUAACACUACUUUGAGAAUAAAUGUGAGAUAGUCAGAUCCAUAUUCUCAAAAGCACCAACAUUCUUUCCCACUACCCACUGCUGCAUAUCGAGAAAUUCUUCAGAAUUCGAAAGCUUUUCUGUCUUCAUUUUUACCCUUGUUGUUUUUUGCUUUUCUUUGUUUGCUUUAUUUAUAAACUCUUCAAGCUUAUUCAGAGAAGCCUUACUGAGUUUGGAAUUGGGUUUUACUUCUGUGUCUGGAAUUUGCAUUGUUAGUGUAGUUUCUGUCACUGGGAACUUGUUUUGCUUUGUUGGGAUUAUAGUUUAUGAUAAAGGUUGAUCAACGGUGGACUUUUGGUUAGUUCUGUAAGUGGGUUUUGGUUGUAGAGGGUAGAAAUCGUGGGAUAAGAUUCUACAAGUGAUCUUUUCAAUAUUUUUCAGCUUACCAGUUUCUGAAAGCUGGGAAUUUUGUUUUGAGAACCAGAAGCUGUGAUGGUUUCUAUAUGGCCUUCUCAAGUGAAGUAUGCAUAUUUUGCUAAAUUUCAAUAGAUUUUAGAUGUGGGUUUUAGUUUCCAGAAGCUGAUAUUGCCUUUGGAAUUUAGAAUUUUAUACUUGUAUAUAGGUUUCAUUUGAUACCUUACCUGUAGAGAUGUUUAAUACAAGCUUGCAAAUGUCACUGAAUUGCCCAUCUCACUUAUCAGUGUCUGUAACUAGGCAGAGAAAUGUUUGUAAGAGAGUGUUGAAUCCGGUUCUAGCUAUGCCCCCGUCCUCAGUGAUCUUACACACUGAUGAAAGUGGGGAAUUUCCUGAAUCUAGGAACAGUUCUAGUUCAAGUAAUGCUUCUUUAAGCAGCUGUGCUGGGUCCUUGCUUUGUCAUCCUAAUACUGUGGGAAUAAUGGGAGGAGGAUCUGUUGAUUCUACUCUCAGUUUCGUUAGAAAACUUGUUCAUUGGAGUAAAGAAAAUGAAGAGACUUGCAUGCCCUUUGUUCUUUGCUCUGAUCCAGUGUUGAAUAGGGAGCUUUUAUCCCUGGAGAGGAAUUCUUCUUCUCUCUGCAGUAGAAAUGCACGUUCGCAAUUUGAUCAUAGCCCGAUUGUUGAAAGUUUACUAAGUAAAAGAGUUUUCCUUGAGAAAUCAGGAGCUCAGUGCAUUGUAGUGCCUUGUCAUAUUUCACACUCAUGGCACGAUGAAGUGUUUAAGGGAUGUUCUAUUCCUUCCCUUCACAUGGCUGAGUGUGUUUCCAGGGAGCUUAAGGAAUCCAAGUUGAAGCCACUAGAAGCUGGAAGCCCUUUGCGGAUAGGGGUACUUGCCACUGAUGCGACUUUAAAAGCAGGUUUUUACCAAGAGAAACUGCAGAAUGAGGGAUUUGAGGUUGUGCUGCCAGAUAAAGCAACCAUGGAGCACACUGUAAUCCCUGCAAUUGAUGCUAUAAAUAGAAAAGACAUGGAAGGGGCACAAAAUCUGCUGAGAAUCGCUCUCCAAGUCCUCUUGGUGAGGGCAGUUAACACUGUUAUCCUUGCGUCCAAUGAUAUGUGUGAUCUUUUGCCACGAGAUGAUCCGCUUCUUAAGAAAUGUAUUGACCCAAUGGAUGCAUUGGCCAUGUCAACUAUCAAGUGGGCACAACAAGCUGUGAAGGAAGGUAUGCAACAUUUCAGCACUCAUUAAUCUCUCAAGAGCAAAAGCACUUGUCACUGACAUGCUCAACUCAUUCAGGUGGUUCAAGCUCUGCAUUUCUUCUACUAAGCACUCAUUGUUAUCUUUGGCAGCCGAUUUGUCGAAAAGAAAAGAACCCAUCAUCUUCAACAUUUGCAGCUUCGAGAACCCAGAUAUCAACCUCUUGGGAUUCUGAUGCCAUCAAGUAAGUACUCCAAUUUCAAACAUUUCAGCUUUUCUAAAGCCUUCAAUUCAGUUGGUAGCUGUCUUAUACCUGUAUAUGAUAGAUCCAAAUACUCUAGAGAUACAAGUUUUGAGAUUCCCACCGGCAAUUCUCUUAUACCUCUAUUAGCUCUAAAACAUAGAAUUUUUAGACCAGACAUAAAUUGGAAGAAGUCAUUGUGGAU